UCUUCAGCUGCAGCAGAGGAAGACGAAAACAAUGGAAGAGACAGAGUGAGAGAGAGUUUGGACAUGGCGGGUUUUGGCGGUAACGGAGUGGGCCAGGUGGUAGCGGGCCUCGGCUCGAGCGGUUUGGGCAAGGCCCUGGCCGCCGUCGCUGCGGCCCUUCUUCUCCGCCUCUUCUCCGGCCCAGGCCCAGCGCUUCCGCCGGAGACCGACUACGACGACGAAGCCGAGGACCGAAACGACGCCGUACCGGACGACUCCGGUAAGGUCAUUCCGGUCACAAUCCGGUGGCGAAACAUCACCUGCUCGCUCUCCGACAAACGUUCCAAAUCAGUGCGAUUUUUUCUCAAAAACGUGGGAGGAGAGGCGAAGCCGGGGAGACUGCUGGCGAUUAUGGGGCCGUCGGGGUCGGGGAAGACGACGCUGCUAAACGUACUGGCGGGUCAGCUAACGGCUUCACAGCGAUUGCAUUUGUCGGGGUUGCUGGAGAUCAAUGGAAAGCCUAGUUCGAACAAAGCUUAUAAGUUUGCAUAUGUGAGACAAGAAGACCUGUUUUUCUCGCAGCUUACGGUGAGGGAGACGCUCUCUCUCGCCGCCGAGCUGCAGCUUCCGGAGAUAAGUUCUGUGGAAGCAAGAGAUGAGUACGUGAACAAUCUCUUGUUCAAGCUAGGCUUGGUCAGUUGUGCGGAUACGAUUGUUGGUGAUGCCAAAGUCCGAGGAAUCAGUGGGGGUGAGAAGAAACGAUUGUCUCUGGCAUGUGAACUGAUUGCAAGCCCGUCUGUAAUAUUUGCUGAUGAGCCCACAACCGGACUUGAUGCCUUCCAGGCAGAGAAAGUAAUGGAAAAUCUCCGACAGCUUGCACAGGACGGACAUACUGUAAUUUGCUCCAUUCAUCAGCCCAGAAGUUCUGUAUAUGCUAAAUUCGACGAUGUUGUCUUGCUAACAGACGGUGCACUUGUUUAUGCUGGUCCUGCAAAGGAUGAACCACUGGCAUACUUCUCUACAUUAGGAUACCAAUGCCCAGAUCAUGUGAAUCCUGCUGAAUUUCUGGCUGAUCUCAUAUCGAUUGACUACAGUUCUUCUGCAAGUGUUUACUCAUCUCAGAAAAGAAUAGAUGGUCUUGUUGAGUCAUUUUCACAACAAUCUUCAACAGUUCUGUAUGCAACCCCAAUUGCAAUAAGAGAGACCUCCAAGAGUAGUACGAAGUUCAACCAGAAAAGUAUAGUUAGAAAGAAGGGAGGUUGGUGGAGGCAAUUCUGGUUGCUCCUUAAACGUGCAUGGAUGCAGGCUUCUCGUGAUGGGCCAACAAAUAAAGUUCGGGCAAGAAUGUCGGUUGCAUCAGCUAUAAUAUUUGGGUCAGUUUUUUGGAGAAUGAGAAGAUCUCAGACAUCGAUUCAAGACAGAAUGGGAUUGCUUCAGGUUGCUGUAAUAAACACGGCAAUGGCAGCUCUAACAAAGACUGUGGGAGUUUUCCCCAAGGAGCGUGCAAUAGUUGACAGAGAGCGUGCAAAGGGUUCUUAUAAAUUGGGACCUUACCUGCUUUCUAAGUUGUUGGCUGAGAUUCCAGUUGGAGCUGCGUUUCCAUUAAUGUUUGGUGCUGUGUUGUACCCAAUGGCCCGCCUUCAUCCGACUCUGUCUAGGUUUGGAAAGUUCUGUGGCAUUGUGACUGUGGAAUCCUUUGCUGCGUCAGCUAUGGGUCUUACCGUUGGGGCUAUGGUUCCAUCCACUGAAGCAGCAAUGGCAGUGGGACCCUCUCUUAUGACGGUUUUCCUUGUCUUUGGAGGCUAUUAUGUUAAUGCAGAGAAUACGCCGAUCGUCUUUCGAUGGAUACCUCGUGUUUCUCUUAUAAGAUGGGCCUUUGAAGGACUUUGUGUCAACGAAUUUAAAGGUCUUGAGUUUGAUCAUCAGCAUUCCUACGACAUUCAAACUGGAGAACAGGCACUCGAGCGCCUCUCAUUUGGAAACAGUCGGAUUAGGGACACAGUGGUAGCUCAAAGUAGAAUACUCUUAUUCUGGUAUUGUACCACAUACCGUCUCCUGGAGAGAAACAAGCCCAAAUACCAGCAGCUUGAGCCCCCACCACUUGAUCAAAUCAAACCACAGCUACAACUUGAGCCUAUUAACAAAGACCAAGUAGAGCAAAACCCGCCAAAAGAAUCUCCACAACCCGAUCAAGUUGAGCAAAACCAGCAGCUCGAAUCACCUGUGAUUGACCAAAUCCGACCAUUUAUCCUGGAAGGUGCCUAAGUAAAAGGAGCUAGAUGUCUUUCAAAAUGAUGGAGGCCCCAUGUAGAAAACUAAUGUUGUCAUUUUGUAAUGGUUGUACAUUCAAAACCAGUUUAGGAGUCUCACCAGGACGAUCAUGCUUAUUGUAACUGAUCGAAUUCGACCAGGGUGUGUGCUUUUGAGCCCUGAAAUGGAUGACGGAUGACUAAUGGUCGUUGUAAACCAAAUAGACAGCUUUUCAUUUCCAAACUCUCAAGUUCUAUUUUAGAACCCACAAAAAAAUAAAUAAAUAAUAAAAGAAAAAGGGAGCAGCCUGGACAUCAUUGGAGGACCAUUUUCGUGCCAGUCUAAUGGAAGUUAAGAGUCAUUUGUUA